AAUUGUUCUUUGUUGAGACGGUAGCAGAAGCUAGGAGUAGGGUAUGAGUCGAUUUACCUUGUCAUGAGAGAGUGUGAGCGGCAACUAUAUCAAUGUAGGCCUCGAGCUUCGUAUUCACUCCGGUGGGACCGCGGAGGGUCUGACUCCUGGAGAAAUGUGAGUGAGAGGAAUCCCCGAGUUGCUACUCGAGGAGGUGAGAUGAGCCGCCUCUCCUCUCUGCGACGACUUCCGUAUGCUCGAGUUGUCUCGAGGCAGUUAGCAUGUGACAACGAGACUCUACAGAUUCCUUUGAGGGUGAACGUCGAGGAGGAACUGUCGGACAGUGAGUUCAAGGAGCUUGAUGAGAACGUCAUACGGGAGCAGAGCUUAAGAGAACUGAAGGAGUUGACAAUACAGAGUUGGGUGGUAUAUGAAGUGAUCAUUUGCGUUAAAGGGAAAGUGCGCUUGGAAAUAGUUCGAGACGAUACGCCCACAGAAGCUCGGGAGAAGGAUGGGCAGAGGAUAGAAGGAGAGGAAGUUAUACUCUCGUCGCGCAAGCGCGGAACCAGAAAGUUCACAACGAAGAGUACUCUGGAUGAUAUAGACACGGUCGAGCCUCUCAGGCGCGGACUUAGGCAGCCAAUGCAAUGCACGAUACUUGAGUAUUUGGCAGCCUCGAGACCUGCGCGAGAUGAGUUGCAGAUGAUCACGCGCAAGACGCGCAUUCCUCUGAGCGAUGAAGUCCAAAUGGCUUCCAAACAGGAGGUAUUACCCUCUGUAGCGGUAUCGGGUGUGAUCGCUAAAGCGGAACGUGCAGCAACGGUGUUCCUACUACCCUUUGUAGCGGUAUCGGGUGUGAUUGCUAAAGCGGAACGUGCAGCAACGGUGUUCCUAGAUGGAAUGGAAGGUGUGCCUCCUUACAAGUUUUAUAUUCUGGGCAGUGGGACAGUACAGACUACACUCAACGACGAGGUAGUCCUUCAUGCCGUAAUUGAUAAUGGGAGUGAGGCUGUCAUCAUAGAUGAGGAGCUUGUUGUGCGAUUGGGACUGGACCUCGACAGGUCAUACCAGUUCGAGAUAGAAACAGUUGAUGGAAGAAAGCAGAAAGUCUCUGGGUUUGUCACAAGGCGGCUAUGGAGGUUGAAGGAUUGCAAGUGUUGAUGCCUGUUUUCGCAGUUCGGGACUGCAGCGCGGAGUUACUAUUGGAGCGGACAUGACUAAGCCAUGUUCACGC